CGAUAACACUUACACCCUAUGUUGCAAUUUUUAUAACUUAUGAAUUUAUUUUACAAGAGCUAUAUAUAUCAUCACCAUCAUAGGCACCAACGUCGAACCAAUUGAAGUGUGACGUCACAGGUCUGCACGACUCUCAGAACUAGGAAUACCACAUCCGUGUGCGCGCCGAGACGGAGUUCGGACCCAGCAACCCCACAUUGCCCAUCAUCUUGAAUGAAAGCGAUAGUCGACACAACAGCACUUUCCGGGGCGCCUCGGAGCUGGAAGUGCUGCAGAUGGUGUUGGAGGGCCCCUGGAGCGUAAAGGACGCCGACUUCGACGGGUUCUCCAAGGAAGCUGUAGACUUCAUUCAUCCGCAGACUGCAAGUGAAGAAACCAGCAAAUUCCUGUCCAAAACCAGAACCAGCAGUUGACAGCAACCACUCAUAGGUAGACCGAGUUUGAGCUUGAUGCAGACGAGAAUGGAUGACAAACACAAUAAAAGAUAAGUAAUACGUGCAUACUAACAUAUGGAAUUUGGGGUUGUAGUCUGCACUGUUGUGGCUGUAAUCGGUAGUUUUGUGGCUGAAGUUGGUAGUCUUGUGGCUCUAGUCUGCAGUCUUAGGGCUGUAGUCUGCGCUGUAAUGGCUGUGGGCUGCGUUCUAGUGACUGUUGUCGGCAGUCUUGUGGCUAAAGUCGGUAGUCUUGUGGUUCUAGUGUGCAGUCUUAGGGCUGUAGUCUGCGCUGUAAUGGCUGUGGGCUGCGUUCUAGUGACUGUAGUCGGUAGUCUUAUGGCUAAAGUCGGUAGUCUUGUGGUGAUAGUGUGCAGUUUUAGGGCAGUAGUCUGCGCUGUAAUGGCAGUGGGCUGCGUUCUAGUGACUGUAGUCGGUAGUCUUGUGGCUAAAGUCGGUAGUCUUGUGGUUCUAGUGUGUAGUCUUAGGGCCGUAGUCUGCACUGUAAUGGCAGUGGGCUACGUUCUAGUGACUGUAGUCGGUAGUCUUGUGGCUAAAGUCGGUAGUCUUGUGGUUCUGGUGUGCAGUCUUAGGGCAGUAGUCUGCGCUGUAAUGGCAGUGGGCUGCGUUCGAGUGACUGUAGUCGGUAGUCUUGUGGCUAAAGUCGGUAGUCUUGUGGUUCUUGUGUGCAGUCUUAGGGCAGUAGUCUGCGCUGUUAUGGCAGUGGGCUGCGUUCUAGUGACUGUAGUCGGUAGUCUUGUGGCUAAAGUCGGUAGUCUUGUGGUUCUAGUGUGCAGUCUUAGGGUAGUAGUCUGCGCUGUAAUGGCAGUGGGCUGCGUUCUAGUGACUGUAGUCGGUAGUCUUGUGGCUAAAGUCGGUAGUCUUGUGGUUCUAGUGUGCAGUCUUAGGGCAGUAGUCUGCGCUGUAAUGGCAGUGGGCUGCAUUCUAGUGACUGUAGUCGGUAGUCUUGUGGCUAAAGUCGGUAGUCUUGUGGUUCUAGUGUGCAGUCUUAGGGCAGUUGUCUGCGCUGUAAUGGCAGUGGGCUGCGUUCUAGUGACUGUAGUCGGUAGUCUUGUGGCUAAAGUCGGUAGUCUUGUGGUUCUAGUGUGCAGUCUUAGGGCAGUAGUCUGCGCUGUAAUGGCAGUGGGCUGCGUUCUAGUGACUGUAGUCGGUAGUCUUGUGGCUAAAGUCGGUAGUCUUGUGGUUCUAGUGUGCAGUCUUAGGGCAGUAGUCUGCGCUGUAAUGGCAGUGGGCUGCGUUCUAGUAAUUGUAGUCGGUAGUCUUGUGGCUAAAGUCGGUAGUCUAGUGGUUCUAGUGUGCAGUCUUAGGGCAGUAGUCUGCGCUGUAAUGGCAGUGGGCUGCGUUCUAGUGACUGUAGUCGGUAGUCUUGUGGCUCAAGUCGGUAGUCUUGUGGUUCUAGUGUGCAGUCUUAGGGCAGUAGUCUGCGCUGAAAUGGCAGUGCGGUGCGUUCUAGUGACUGUAGUCGGUAGUCUUGUGGCUAAAGUCGGUAGUCUUGUGGUUCUAGUGUGCAGUCUUAGGGCAGUAGUCUGCGCUGUAAUGGCAGUGGGCUACGUUCAAGUUCUUGUAGUCGGUAGUCUUGUGGCUAAAGUCGGUAGUUUUGUGGUUCUAGUGUGCAGUCUUAGGGCAGUAGUCUGCGCUGUAAUGGCAGUGGGCUGUGUUCUAGUGACUGUAGUCUGUAGUCUUGUGGCUAAAGUCGGUAGUCUUGUGGUUCUAGUGUGCAGUCUUAGGGCAGUAGUCUGCGCUGUAAUGACAGUGGGCUGCGUUCUAGUGACUGUAGUCGGUCGUCUUGUGGCUAAAGUCGGUAGUCUUGUGGUUCUAGUGUGCAGUCUUAGGGCAGUAGUCUGCGCUGUUAUGGCAGUGGUCUGCGUUCUAGUGACUGUAGUCGGUAGUCUUGUGGCUAAAGUCGGUAGUCUUGUGGUUCUAGUGUGCAGUCUUAGGGCAGUAGUCUACGCUGUAAUGGCAGUGGGCUGCGUUCUAGUGACUGUAGUCGGUAGUCUUGUGGCUAAAGUCGGUAGUCUUGUGGUUCUGGUAUGCAGUCUUAGGGCAGUAGUCUGCGCUGUAAUGGCAGUGGGCUGUGUUCUAGUGACUGAAGUCGGUAGUCUUGUGUCUAAAGUCGGUAGUCUUGUGGUUCUAGUGUGCAGUCUUAGGGCAGUAGUCUGCGCUGUAAUGGCAGUGGGCUGCGUUCUAGUGACUGUAGUCUGUUGUCUUGUGGCUAAAGUCGGUAGUCUUGUGGUUCUAGUGUGCAGUCUUAGGGCAGUAGUCUGCGCUGAAAUGGCAGUGGGCUGCGUUCUAGUGACUGUAGUCGGUAGUCUUGUGGCUAAAGUCGGUAGUCUAGUGGUUCUAGUGUGCAGUCUUAGGGCAGUAGUCUGCGCUGUUAUGGCAGUGGGCUGCGUUCUAGUGACUGUAGUCGGUAGUCUUGUGGCUAAAGUCGGUAGUCUUGUGGUUCUAGUGUGCAGUCUUAGGGCAGUAGUCUGCGCUGUAAUGGCAGUGCGCUGCGUUCUAGUGCUUGUAGUCGUGUGCAGUCUUAGGGCUGUAGUUUGCGCUGUAGUGGCUGUGGGCUGCGUUCUAGUGACUGUAGUCGGUAGUCUUGUGGAUGUAUAUAGCGUGAUCACCUCUGCCUUCGAGACGAUCACGACUCCGGAGGAUGGAGUGGAGGUGCUUGAUAUCUUCAUUCAUCUCUCCGGUAGAGAGGCGAUCAAGUGUACGAUUGACAAGAAGACAGUGGGCGUAUAUUCGAUGUUCAACGAGGAACGGAACACAGUAAAGGAGCUCACACAGAAAUCCAUACCACAGCCCCCCUUCUUACAUAGUCGACACAACAGCACUUUCCGGGGUGCCUCGGAGCUGGAAGUGCUGCAGAUGGUGUUUGUGGGCCCCUGGAGCGUAAAGGACGCCGACUUCGAUGGGUUCUCCAAGGAAGCUGUAGACUUCAUUCAUCCGCAGACUGCAAGUGAAGAAACCAGCAACCGGCAGUUGACAGCAGCCACUCAUAUGCAGACCGAGUUUGAGCUUGAUGCAGACGAGAAUGGAUGA